GGCAGCAAGGAGCGCUUCCACUGGCAGAGCCACAAUGUCAAGCAGAGUGGCGUGGACGACAUGGUCCUGCUCUCCAAGAUAUCUGAGGAGGCCAUCGUGGAGAACCUCAAGAAGCGUUUUAUGGAUGAUUACAUCUUUACCUACAUCGGGCCGGUGCUCAUCUCUGUCAACCCCUUCAAGCAGAUGCCAUACUUCACCGACCGGGAGAUCGAGCUGUACCAGGGAGCGGCUCAGUAUGAAAAUCCCCCCCAUAUCUACGCCCUGACCGACAACAUGUACCGCAACAUGCUGAUCGACGGGGAGAACCAGUGCGUCAUCAUCAGCCCCAAGGCAGGGCUGCUGCAGUGGGGCACAGGCAUGCAGCCCCCCAGCUCAGCCCUCUCCCUCCUCUGCCCCCAGCAUGUGAAGGACAUCAUCCUGCAGUCCAACCCACUGCUGGAAGCCUUUGGAAAUGCCAAAACCAUCCGGAACAACAACUCCAGCCGCUUCGGGAAGUACUUCGAGAUCCAGUUCAGCCGGGGUGGCGAACCCGACGGAGGGAAGAUCUCCAACUUUCUGCUGGAGAAGUCGCGGGUGGUGAGCCAGAACGAGUGUGAGAGGAAUUUCCACAUCUACUAUCAGCUCCUCGAAGGGGCAUCCCAAGAGCAGCGGCAGAACCUGGGCAUCAUGAGCCCGGAUUAUUACUACUACCUGAACCAGUCGGACACAUACCGGGUGGAGGGCACAGAUGACCGCAGUGAAUUCCAUGAGACCAUGCCAGCUGUGGCCAGGCAGGGGUUGACAGGCUCCCCACGCCCCCCGCUGGUCAUCGGCAUCCGGGGCGAGGACCAGCAGCUGGUGCUGCAGAUCGUGGCGGGGAUCCUCCACCUGGGAAACAUCAGCUUUCGGGAGGAAGGCAACUACGCUCAUGUGGAAAAUGCUGACUCCCUGGCCUUCCCUGCCUACCUGCUGGGGAUCGACCAGGACCGCCUCAACGAGAAAGUCACCAGCAGGAAAAUGGACAGCAAGUGGGGCGGCCGCUCCGAGUCCAUCACCGUCACCCUCAAUGUGGAGCAGGCGGCUUACACCCGGGACGCCCUGGCCAAGGGGCUCUACGCGCGCGUCUUCGACUUUCUCGUGGAGUCUAUCAACCGGGCUAUGCAGAAGCCGUAUGAGGAGUACAGCAUUGGGGUCCUGGACAUCUACGGCUUUGAAAUUUUGCAGAAAAAUGGCUUUGAGCAAUUCUGCAUUAACUUUGUGAACGAGAAGCUGCAGCAGAUCUUCAUAGAGCUGACCCUGAAGGCAGAGCAGGAGGAAUACGUGCAGGAGGGGAUCAAGUGGACCCAGAUCCAGUACUUCAACAACAAGGUGGUGUGUGACCUGAUAGAGAGCAAACUGAACCCCCCCGGCAUCAUGAGCGUCCUGGACGACGUCUGUGCCACCAUGCAUGCCACUGGUGAGGGGGCUGACCAGACCUUGCUGCAGAAGCUGCAGGCGGCUGUGGGCACCCAUGAGCACUUCAACAGCUGGAGCUCGGGCUUCAUCAUCCACCACUAUGCAGGCAAGGUCUCCUAUGAUGUGAACGGCUUCUGCGAGCGCAACCGGGAUGUGCUCUUCACCGACUUGAUUGAGCUCAUGCAGAGCAGUGAAUACGGUUUCAUCCAGAUGCUUUUCCCAGAAAAGCUUGAUUCUGACAAAAAGGGACGACCAACCACCGCGGGCUCCAAAAUUAAGAAACAGGCUAACGACCUGGUGAACACGCUAAUGAAGUGCACGCCACACUACAUCCGCUGCAUCAAGCCCAACGAGACCAAGAAACCCCGGGACUGGGAGGAAAGCAGGGUGAAGCACCAAGUUGAGUACCUGGGGCUGAAGGAGAACAUCCGGGUGCGCCGGGCAGGUUUCGCCUACCGCCGCCUCUUCCACAAAUUCCUGCAACGCUACGCCAUCCUCACUCCCGAGACAUGGCCGUCCUGGCGCGGGGAUGAGCGGCAAGGGGUGCAGCACUUGCUGCGCUCCGUCAACAUGGACCCGGACCAGUACCAGAUGGGUCGGAGCAAGGUGUUUGUCAAGAACCCUGAAUCGCUCUUCCUCCUCGAAGAGAUGCGGGAGCGGAAAUUCGAUGGCUUUGCCCGGGUGAUCCAGAAGGCCUGGCGCCGGCACAUCGCCAUCCGGAAGUAUGAGCAGAUGCGAGAGGAGGCCUCCAACAUCCUCUACAACUUCAAAGAGCGGAGGAGGAACAGCAUUAACAGGAAUUUCGUGGGGGAUUACCUGGGCAUGGAGGAGCGGCCGGAGCUGCGCCAGUUCCUGGGCAAGCGGGAACGGAUAGACUUUGCCGACUCCAUCACUAAGUACGACCGGAGGUUCAAGCCCAUCAAGCGGGACUUCAUCCUCACCCCCAAGUACUUCUACCUGAUCGGGCGGGAGAAGGUGAAGAAAGGUCCUGAGAAGGGGCAGAUCAAGGAGGUGCUCAAGAAGAAGGUGGAGCUGCAGGCGGUGAUCAGAGUCUCGCUGAGCACCAGGCAGGAUGAUUUCUUCAUCCUCCACGAGAACAAUGCCGACAAUUUCUUGGAGUCCAUCUUCAAGACGGAGCUGAUCAGCCUGCUGUGCAAACGUUAUGAGGAGCUCACCCACACGAAGCUGUGCCUCUCCUUCAAGGACACACUACAGUUUCAGGUGAAGAAGGAGGGUUGGGGCGGUGGUGGCACCCGCAACGUCACCUUCGUUAGAGGACAGGGCGACGUGGCUGCCCUCAAAGCCGGAG